AAUCUUAUCAUUACUUAGUCCUUCUUAUAUUAGAGAAAUCUUCGCAGAUUUAUAUACUCGUCAAGACCUUCGUCAUCAUUCCGGUGACUCGACAACCUCCCCAUCUACCACCCCGCUCGCUCUGAUCUAUCGAUUAUUCCCAUUCAUUGGGUACCCCCUCGCGUCGUCGCCUUAGUGUGAACCGUCACGUAGGCACCUAUAAAGAGCUCGCAGCUCUUAGCGGCAGUCUGUACGACAAAAUGUCAGACAGACGUGUCAAGUUUUCGACCUCAUCAAAGGGGUCGUCUAAAAGCCACCGCAGUCGUGAUGACUCAGGCGUGGGUUCGUCAUCUAGUGAACAGGCUAGUUUAGGUGGAAGACCUGAUCGUAGAUUCACAGCCGAGGACUACGAAGACCAACUCUAUAACGUCGGUGCUCUUCAAGAAGCACUGGGUCAAGCGAACCAGAAAGUCGAACAACUUCAAAAGAAGUGUAACGACCAAGACGCCGAGUUAACCAAAUCCCACAGACUCACUCGGGACGCAGAAAAGCGGUAUCGUGAAGAAUGCGAGCGUACUACGAGACUAGAACGACUCAACAAGAACCUCGAAGAUGAGAGAGUGCUACUGUCAGAACAGGUUAUGGAACUUAAAGCCGAUUACGAUGAUAUGAGAGACCAGCGCGAUGAUUAUCGGCAGAGAUAUCUCGCCCUAGCGGAUCCUGUCAUAGACAGUACCAUGAGAGGCGGCUCUGGUGAACCCUCACCGCCUACACUAAGACGAUCAGGAAGCAAACACAGAGAUGCGAUAGGUUCCAUCAGGAAAAACACGGAGCAUAAGGAAGAAAAGCCUAAUACAUCACGCCAUAAUCGUCGGAGUUUAAGUGUCAGCGUAAGGACAGGUGGUCGCUCUAGCAGCAAGAAGCCAUAUAUCGAAAGGAUGCCUGGACCUCCAAGCCCGUCUGAAAGGUAUCAGAGCAACUACACUACUGGCCCAAUGGACAUUCCAUCUGGUUCUGCCGACCCUGCAUUAUACUCUAGCAUUCCUCGAACUUCUCAACCAGCUACGCCUUCGUCAUAUCAAGGUGUUCCGCAGACAGGAAACUACAUACCAUACCCCUUACACGAUCAGCGCGGUCGUCGAAGGGGUUGAAGCCACUACCACAUAUCGAGCGACAACUAAUGCCCAAGCAAAUGUGAUACCGGCGUAGCCAGGCGCGGGCAUAUGCAAGUAUCCUUCCCGGCACGGAUAUCGACACCUGUUUCCUUCUACGCCAAACCCAUGAUCCAUGGCCACGACACCGCUCGGUAGGAUCUUUCAAUGGCACGAAACAUUAUCUUGUAAUACCAAAUCUUCGUUGGUAUCGCCCAGAUAUGUUGACAGCGCUACGGUUACACCUUU